GUCACUGCCCCACUUCCCAGGCCACGGAGGCCCCCUCUCCCCACUUGCUGACCAUCCUGGGCCUCUUCCGUGGCCUGUGACCUCCGCCUUGUAUUUGGCCCCAAAGCUCUUUCCAGCCCGGCCCUCGGUGCCCAUCCCUCAGUGCCCGGUCCUUGGUGCCCAGCCCUUGGUGCCCAGCCCUCGGUGCCCAUCUGGCUACUUCUGUUGAGCUCUCCCACACAUGACAGACAUGUAGCCAAGCUCUCCCUCCCAGACCCCGUGUCUUUCUCUCCCUUUACUUCCCCGGCCUUCUCGGGUUCCCACCUCCCAUUUCCUUCCCCCCCCCUCUCCCACUGCCUCAGUAGUGAAGCAUGAGCACGAGUUGCCCCCCCCCAAGUCCCCUCCCUGGGCCCCCCACCCCUUACAGGAAGCCCUUGCUCAGUCAGGGCUGUGCUCCAUGUUGCAGCUCCCGGUGACCUUUAGGGAUGUGGCCGUGGACUUCUCAUGGGAGGAGUGGCGGCGGCUGAGCCCGGCCCAGAGGGCCCUGUACCGGGACGUGAUGCUGGAGACCUACGAGAACCUGGUGUCCGUAGGGCUUCCCAUGGCCAAGCCUGAGGUGAUCUGCCUGUUGGAGAGAGGGGCAGCACCGUGGACACCCGCGGCUGGAGUCCCCCGAGGCCCCUGCCCAGAUUACCGGCGUUGGGACGGUGGAUGUGAAACCAAGGAUUCGGUUCUGACUGAGGGCAUUUGCCCGAGAACGUUGGCCCAAGAAAAAUUGCCAGUGGAUAGGAACUGGUCUCCCAGGAUGGGAGACUCUGAAGAAUGGGAACUUAGGUUAGAGAGGCAGGAGGAGGGCCACCAGGAGAGACAGUGCCAGCAAGUGACAAUGACUCUUGAUAGUACGUUUGAUAUGAUGAACGUACCUGAAUGUGGUAGGUUUGUUAGACAUUUCAACAUGGAGCCGAUCUUUUUUCCACAAUGGAAAGGUGACGUGGAAGAAAGAUUCCAUAAAACACUUGGAAAGAAAGCCUUUGGCAAGAGAUUAAAUCUUAAUGGACAUGAGAAAAUUCAUCCUGGAGAAAACUCUUUUGAGUGUGAUGUAUGUUGGAAAACCUUCUGGGAUAGGGAAGCGCUUAGUAAACAUCAGAGAACCCACCCUGGAGUGAAAUUGUUUGAACUUAAUAAAUGUGAAAAAGGCUUCAGUGAUGUGGGAAUGCUUCUCGGGCAACAGAAACCUCCUCCUGGAGUGAAACCAUUUGAAUGUAGUGAAUGUGGGAAAUCACUGUCUUCAAGGAAAACCCUUACUUACCAUCAGAGAAUCCACACUGGAGUGAAGCCCUUUGAAUGUGAUAUAUGUGGGAUAGGAUUUAUGCGAAAGGAAUACCUGAUCAGCCAUCAGAGAAUCCACACUGGAGUCAAGCCAUUUCAGUGUAAAGAAUGCGGUAAAGCCUUCUUUCAGAAGGGAAAUCUCAAUAGCCACCAGAGAAUUCACACUGGAGUCAAACCCUUUGAAUGCAGUGAAUGUGGAAAAGCCUUCUUUCAGAAGGGAAACCUUAAUAGGCAUCAAAGAACUCACACUGGAGCGAAAAUCUUGGAGUGUAAUGAAUGUGGGAAAGCCUUAACCACGAGGAGAACGCUCAUCAGUCAUCAGAGAAUCCACCCGGGUCUGAAACCUUUUGAUUGUAAAAUAUGUGGGAAAGCCUUCUUUCGGAGGGGCAACCUUUACCGCCAUCAGACGACUCACACUGGAGUGAAACCCUUUAAGUGUAACGAGUGUGGGAAAGCCUUCCGUCAGAAGGGCCAACUUCAUAGUCAUCAAGGAACUCACACUGGCGUGAAACCUUUUGAAUGUAGCGAAUGUGGGAAAGCCUUCUUCCGCAAGGCGCAUCUUAAUCGGCAUCAGAGAAUUCACACUGGAGUGAAGCCCUUUGAAUGUAAAGAGUGUGGGAAAGCCUUCAGUGAGAAGACCUACCUUAUUAACCACGAGAGGACUCACACGGGAACGAAAUCUUUUGGAGUGUGAAGUUUGGAAGGAAUGCUGCGGGAGUCAUCAGAGAGUCCACGUUGGCGUGAAAUCAUUUGGAAGUAACGAACGUGGGAAAAAGCCUUCGUCACAAUGCCUGCCUUGUGGCCAACUACAGGAUCCCCACCUUGAGUACAAUUAUGUUGACAAGCCUAGGCGAUCCCUCGUUGGAAUGGAAAGAAGGUAUAACUCCUCCAGGAGAGAUCUCAAACUAGAAUGAAGACCUUUGAGUGUGCCGUGGGGGGAAGCAUUCUUUUGCCCACCGGAGAAUCCACACUGGAGUGCAACUCUUUAAAUAUAAUGAAUUGGGGAGUGUUUUUAAGCAGUGAGGAACUUUUGAUUAUGAUCAGAAAACUCACAUUGGAGUCAAAACUUUUGAAUGUAGUAAAUGUGGGAAAACCUUCAUUGACAGAGGAACAUUUAUUUAGCUUCAAAACUCUCAUACUAAAGUGAAUUAAUGUAGGAAUACAUUUGGCUAGAGAGAAAACCUAAUAUGAGAAAAUUCAUAUUGGGAAAAACCUUUUUCAAGUAAAUAUGAAUUAUAUAAUUAUUUAAAUGUAACAAAUGAGUUGAAAUAUAAUCUCCUAUUAUUUGUAGUUUCUUGAGUAAAAAUGGUGUAACAUUAACUUGCACAAGAAAAGUGGUUCUCUUUCUGUCACCUUUUGAAAUCUGGGCAUGUUUUUGUGUGAUGAUGUCUUUUUUAUUUUCAUAGAAUGUGUAUUCCUACUCUGGUUUCAACAGGCUGGAGGAAUAGAAAAAUCGCAGCCAAAUCUGACCACAGAGUUAUCCUUAAGACUUGACUGGAUGAGACCCAUGGCAGCUUCUUAGCCUCAGAUGUGGGUAAAAAGGAGGCUGUGGGAGCAUUAUCCACCUGGGAACUAGAAGCUGGGGGGUAGGGGGAAGCAGGGUAGAGGGGUAGGUCAUAGGAAAGGUGAAACAUAUGAACACUUUUGUCCUCAGAGCCCGCCUGGCCAGAAAGAGGAAAGAGAGGAAUGAUGUGGGGGAACAGUCUCCAUCCUGACAAAGAGAGAUUGAAUCAGUGAAUAAAAAAGAAAUUUACUUACCGUGUAGUCAGUGGACACAAAGUGAAAGGGAAAUGCUUUGCAAUCCAAGAGCUCUCAAUGUCUUUGCCAUUCCAUAAAAGGAGUGAUUGCAUGCCUAAGUACAGCACUUAGGAGGCGAGGAGAUGGCAGUGCCUGCUGGUCCGAAGGGCACAGUGUCAUUGCAGAGGCAAGGCCGGGCUAGUUUCCAUUUCAUCCAAAGGAUUCUGGUUGGUGACUCCCUGACUGUCGGAGCUAAGUGGGCAGCAAUGUCCAUUGGGAAGGAAGAUUCCCAAGGAUCAGUGUGUAGCAUUUGGCCCAGAGGCCCAUAAUAGUGAUAGGAGCUGCCAUUUUCUGGGAGCUCUCCCUGCUAAAAACAGCAACUGAUAACUUUCUGCUUGUCUUAAUCAUAACUCCAUCAUCCAAGACUCGAGAAGUCAACCAUGAGAUUCUCUUUUGGAGAUGAUUCCUACUCUAGGGAGAAACUGAAUGUGCAAAGUUCUUCAAAUGGUGGAUUCAUGCUGUGUAAGCAACUGCUCCCUCUGAGACAGGAUGUAUUACUAACCCCAUUUUACUGAUCAGGAAACUGACUGGGAAAGGUUAAUUGACAUGCCCUGAAUCAUUCAACUAGUAACAGAUUGCAGGUAAAAAUUGUACUCUACAUUGUUUACUUUAAGGCCAGCACUCUACUGUUAAAAGAGAAAAAACAAAUUGUCGGUAUUAAAAAUGAAAAAGUAGGUAUCACAGGAAAUUGAGAAUAAAAGAUGUUAUUAAAAAGUGAUUUUUGUCCAACUAGAUACAGAUUAAACCAAUAAAUUCACUUAAUGCUUUUAUACUGUC